ACACCAUAAGGCGACGUCCGAUUAAAAACGCACUAAUGAAACAUGACUAUAAAUAAUAACACACAUGGUCUUAAAAUCCUCAAAAAGAGUACCAAAAAAACGAAAGAAAAUACAAUUCAAGCUUCUCUCUUCAAGAUCACUUGUCUCACGUCUCUCUUUUCGUUAUUUCUCCUUUUUCAUCUCUAUUUAACUCUCAUGAUUUACACAAGAACUAAAGUCUUUAAACUAUAUACUUUUUUUCAUUAAAAGCAAAAAGAGGAUGAAGGAGACAAUCAGAUGCUGCAUCGCCUGCAUCCUACCGUGCGGAGCUUUGGACGUGAUCCGCAUCGUACACUCGAACGGUCACGUAGAGGAGAUCAGUGGAACAAUCACAGCCGGCGAAGUAAUGAAGGCACACCCGAAGCACGUACUCAAGAAACCCUCUUCUUCACCGUCUGAUCAUGAUCAAGAACGUGGUGAUCUAAUCUCAGCCACAAAGAUCGUCAUCGUCCCUCCGGAAGCUGAGCUCCAACGUGGCAAGAUUUACUUCCUCAUGCCUGCAGCUAAAUCUGAUAAACGUAAUGCAAAAGCCGUCAAGAAGCGGUCACAGACUCGUCGGCAUGGUGGAGAAGUUGAUGAUAGUGGUAAUGAUAAAAGUUACGACAAGGAUGUGUCACCGUUGAUCUCUGAUCGGUACUUGACGGAGAUACUGUCGGAAAAAAUCGCGACUCAGAAAGAUCGGAGAAAGGGACGCGUUGGCGUUUGGAGGCCGCACUUAGAAAGCAUAAAUGAAGAUUGAGGAAAACGCAUCGCUUUUAUUUAAUUACAAGAGUCUCACUCGUUUUUUUUGGUGCUUAUUAUGUAUUUUAGAACAUUGGUUCAUAAUAGUUUUUUCAUCAAGGGAAAAUAUCCAAGAGAACGUUUUGUUUACUUUGGAUCAAAUUUCUUAAAAACAAAUCAAAAUACUUACUUGGUUACUCCUCAUUUUAAUAGAGGAUCUAGUAGAACUUAAAGCAAUAUAUCAUCAUCAAAUGUCUCUCAUAGAGUUUCUAAAGACAUUAUGUAAUAUUUUGGAUAUAUUUAAUUUUUUUAAGUAUAUUCAAAAGUUCAAUAAAUAGACAUUUUUAUUAGUAAA